AUGGCGAGCGACGCCGAGAACGCGGCCCAGAUGCCGGCCAUUUCGAGCGACCUCAUCGGGCAAGACCUGUUCAUGCAGAUGCCGACCGCGAACGUAUGGAAUGGAGCGGCGAACGGCGAGACUUUCGGAAUCGAGCAGGAAGCGUACAACAUGCCCGCGGAGAGACUCACAGCUGCCGCGAAGGUUCCGGCGCACUACGCCCAAUCUCCGAUUUUUGGCGAAGGUCACGCGAACGCGUCCCCGUAUCGGUCGGCCGAAGGAUCGCCGACACCGGCGAGCUGCCACCGACGAGCACCGAACGCCGGUGAGGGGAGCAGCCUCGACUCCUUCAUCCUGAGCGACCCCUCGACCCCUGUCACACCCCGCGCGUUGAACGACAAUGUCUGCAGCGUACCUGAGGUGGCCGAUUGCCCUGUAGGAGAAACGAGCGCCGUCCAAGCCAGCGACGGUGGAGAGGGACAAAGCGACACGCGUGGCAGGAAGAGACAACGCGUUGAGGUCUCCCCGGAGAGGCAGAAAGGGCGCGACACCUCCAGCGUGCCUGUUAAACUGGAGCAUACCGCAAAGUCUGCAAAGAGCAAAGGAAAGCGUCGCGAUCAGCCCCCGGGACUUCCCCCGGCGCAGGGUACUUAUUUUGUCGACGCGGACCUCGCUGCGUACCUCCGCCGCGAUGAGCAGCGGUAUAACUUGGCGAUCCAACAACAAGGUUUCCCUCAGAUUGGCAAUGAGACGCAACCUCCCCCUCAAACGCAGACCGCGCCCCCUCAGAGCGAUAGCGGGAGCGACGGAACGAGCGGAGGAUCCUUUCUCGAACUGGACGUCGCGGCGAUGAUUCGCGAGCAACCAGAAAUGUGUAAGAACUUUCUGAAAGGCACCAACCACGCGCCCUCCUUCGCGCCACCCCAGCCUCUACCGAGCACGCGCAGCGUAUCGGCCGCGGUGCCCACCGUCAUCGCGCACAUCGAGAUCCCCCCUCCUCCUGUGAAGCUGUGGCAGCCGAAAGACGCGACGCUGGCGGCGCCAGCAGCAGUCGCGAGACCGUCGCGCGCGCACGCGGGCCUGUCAGCGUCCGCGCACGCUCCGAGUGUGCGCAGCGAGGAAAUGGACGUCGACCCGCCCGAUGCGACCCCAGCGAAGCGAGGGGCCCCACUGUCGCGUACGCUGAGCGGCAGCGCCCACGCAUGGCCGAAAACUGGAGCAAGCUCCGAGCGCGUGGGCACUGCUGCGAUCGCACCAACUCCCGCAGCCACCCCAGUCCACCUAGACCCGGACGCGAGAUCAGCAGAACUCACGCGUACAGGCAUCCUCCGUGUCAUGGAAACGCCACGCGACGGCUUCCCCACGAAGCACGCGCGCGGCCCUCUCGAUCUCGUCAGAGACUUCCUCCGCAAGGACCUCAACGCACUCAGGACAUGCAAGCCCGGCACCUGUUUCGGUGUGGAGCUCCACGGGAUGAAGGACACGGGCGACGAGGAGUACCUCACGCGCGCCCGACGCGCAAUAGUGAAGGGGAUCACUGCCUUGACCGGGAUGACGAACUUCCGGUUAAACUCACCGCCGCGACCGUCGCAGAAGGGCCUCAAGCGUGACUCCUCGAUGCUUUGGACUGUGUCCUCAGCCGAGCCGGGCCCAGUACGGAUGCUCGUAGCUAAAGGAGUGUGGCCGACCGAUUUCGGCGCCCUCCACAUCCACGAUCUCUUCGUCAAACCGACGCGUUUCUGCAUCAAGUACAUGGGCUUUGUGAGCGGCGAGAAGGCCCACGUGAGGCAGGUAAUCACCGAGAACUUCCUGAGCGCGCCCUUCCUCGACCCGAUCAUAGAACUCGUCGCGACUGACCCCAACCUCCCCGCGGGCGCGGAUGCAGAGGCCGUGGCGAGGGGCAUCGUCGAGAGUUUCGAGAUAGUCAUCGACAGAGUCGCAGGCGGGCCGCAGAACGGAGCAACCACCGCCGCAAUAUACGCCGACCCGCCAACUUCGGACGAGGAAGCGUGGACCGACUGGAACGCGGCGCUGCGCAAGCAACCACUUGUGAACCGCUUCGGACCCCAUGCGAUUGAGGUAUAUCCCCUGAUGAGAUGCGCAGGCUGCCACGCGGGCGACCACGUUCGCGCUAACUGCCCUUUCGAGGCCCUCCCGGGCUGGUUCGACGGAUUCUCUGACGGCCAAGCACAGAAUGGACAGCCCGCCACGCCCCGCGCGGACGCGCGCGCGGCCUCGCACGACGCAACGCGUGUCGCGCAGCUGCAACCCCCGCACCUGGCUCCGUCGACCGCAGCGCCGCUCGCGGGAGGGAGCGGACAGGCAAUGACCCCGGCCGAGCACCUCCGCAUAGCGCGCGAGCACCUGGCGGUCGUGUGCGCGCACCCGCAAGUGUCGCGAGAGCAGCUAGACCUCCUUCGGGAUUGCACCCAGCUCGCUCAAGGGCCCGCGACCACGCAGCAGGGCCCAUCCCAGCUAACGCCGAACGCGAUGAGUCGCCAGCAGAACCCGCAGCGAAUGGACCCCUUCGCGCCGACCCCCACUCAGCUCAACUCCCUCCCGCCGAUCUACGAAGGCACCGCGCCUGGACAAGAGACACUCCGCAUGGCGCGCGACCCCUUCGCGCUGGCACGCGAGCCGUUCGCUGCCCCGUGCGAACCCGGACAGGCACAGCACGACCCGCCCGCGAUGUGCCGCGAGCAGCUGCUAGCAUCGCGCGACACCUUCCUCCCCCCGCACGAUUUCGGGCAGACUGCGCGCGAACAGUUUCAAGACUUACGCGACCUGGCGGCACCCGCGCACCCCGCCUUCCAACAGCAGAGGAGAGAACAAGCGAACGCGCGGGACUACCCCCUGGACCUGAGAGGCUCGAUCGAGAUGGCGCACGACCCCUUUAACGGGACGCGCGAGCAAGCCCAAUUGACGCAUGCCCGUCCGCAAGGCGAGGAGUACCGGGUGGACCUGCGCGCGAUGGCAUCGCAGGCGCAGCACACGAUCGCUGGUGCGCCGCAAGUCGCGCCCGCUCCACAGGUGAACCCUUUCGCGCAGGCAUCACAGGCUGCGCCGCCGCACACGCAGCUGCCACCCCAGCAGACGCACCAGACGCUGCCCGCGCGCGCACCGCAACCACGCGCCCCGCUCCGCGACAUGGACGACACGGCGUACGCGUCGCAGCGUGAGUUCUACCCCCCGGCGCGAGGGCGUGGCCACCCUAGAGGCAACAGGCAGCGCCCGCGCCCUCCGCCGCCGCGUCCGAACUACUCGCAACAAGGGUACGAGAACAACGAUGGCUUCUACUCGCAGGGCGGGGGCUACGGCGACGAUUUCGGCCCCGAGCACUACCCUGCGCCGCCCCCGUACGCUGCGCAGGACGCGUACCGCGGACAGUACCCGGCGCAGUACCAGGACAACGCGCCUCGCGGCGGGGGAAGGCGCGGCAGCCGGAUGAGGACCUUCUUCCCCUUCCCCCAGUAG